AUGCCAGCUCCGCAGACUCAGAAAAUUCCGCAGACGCCGAAUGCCGCGCCGCACAGACCAGACACCACGAGCCCGACGAACCCGCCGUCGGGGCCUCGAGGCUACGUUCCUCCCAGCAGGGGCUCCUCCUUUGCGCCUCGCGGUGGGCGAGGUGGCUGGAACCAGGCUUCAUCUCGUCAUAUGCCAGGCCAGGCAGUAUCAGCAGCCCCGAGCGGCCCUUCCAACAUUCCCACCGGUCCCCGGGCCGCUUCUUCAGCCACCGCCGGCACGGGGUCAGCCCCUGCUCAACGGCCAUUCAACCCACCAACGGGUCCAUCGGCGCAGCAUGGCAAUGGACCAAGGCAUAGUCUCGCCCAGAGUCUGCUAGCAACGAUGCCCCCUCUCAUUCCCGGCGGGAAAGCGGAUCCGAGCAUGACGCCGCUGCUGUUGGGUGUCACGAAGGAGAUCGAGCCUCAUUACCGGAAACUGAGAGACGAGGAGGAAAAGAUACGGGAGGAGCUGCGAAUGAAGCAAGAGCGCCUUAGAAGGAGUCUCUAUGCUUGGAACAGGCUGGAGCGAGAUGCGCGCGCCUGGGAGAUGAGGAGCGACCUCAGCGAGAAGAGCAUGAAGAACCUGGCGGGCGAGGGGGCGGGCGGUGCCGCCUUUUGA